AUGCCGCUAUUCAGCAGUAACAAGCUACCCGUCGAUGGCCGUCUCGUUGUGAUAACCGGAGGAUCUCAGGGGAUGGGAUUGUCCGUCGCAAAGCUACUAGCUUCGAAGGGUGCAAAUGUAGCAAUUAUUGCGAGGAAUAAGGAGAAAUUGGAUAGGGCUGUUGGUGAGAUUCGGGCAUUGGCAGCAAGAGAAGAGCAAAUAUUUAUCGCCGUGAGCGCAGAUUUGACGAGUGCUGGUGAGGCUAGGAGGUCUUUGGAGGAGAUUAGAACUUGGGGCGGUGUACCAGAUAUUGUUUGGACUUGUGCAGGAGAGGCAUUCCCGGGUUUCUUCAAAGACCAGGAUGUACAAUUACUUGAAAAGCAAGUCCAAACAAACUACCUAUCUGUUCUCUGGACUGCGCACGCUGCCCUAAAUAUAAUGACCCAGUCACCUCUUCCACCUCAGUCUCCAAAACGCCAUCUAAUCUUCACCUCCUCCGUGAUGGCCUUCUACCCACUAGCCGGAUACAACGCCUAUACCCCUUCAAAGGCCGCAAUCCGCUCCCUUGCCGACGGCCUCCGACAGGAAUGCCACCUGUACAACAUCGCUGUACAUGCCUGCUUUCCCGGCACUAUCUACUCCCCCGGCUUCGAAACAGAGCAGCUUACAAAGCCAGAGAUCACCAAGAUUCUCGAAGGUAACGACGAAGGACAGUCGCCAGACGAGGUUGCGAGACAGUGUGUUAGGAGGCUGGAGAAGGGACAUGCUUUAGCUGUUAGUAGUUUUAUGGGAGAGACACUAAGGGCGGCGAGUUGGGGAGCUAGCCCAAGGGGGAAUUGGGUCUGGGAUACAGUGUUUGCGUGGAUUAUUAAUGUGGUUUGGUUGUUCAUGGGACCGGUUAUGGAUUCAGAGGUGGUUAAGUAUAGGAAGAAGAAUGGGGAUGAAACUUUUUACUCUGUUCCCCGGGGGGCUUGA